AUGGCAUCCCCACAGCAGAUCAAAACGCCGCUCACCGAGGCUUUCGGUAUCAAGCACCCGAUCAUGCUUGCCGGCAUGAACGUCGCUGCUGGUCCUGAACUCGCAGCAGCUGUCUCUAACGCUGGAGGAAUCGGCAUUAUCGGCGGCGUUGGGUACACUCCGAGCUAUCUGCGCAAAGUUGUGGGCGAGCUCAAGGCCAACUUGAAGGAUAAGAAUGCUCCUUUCGGUGUCGAUUUGCUGCUUCCCAAGGUGGGAGGUGGCGCUCGAAAGACCAACACGGAUUACACGAAUGGUCAGCUUCCGGAGCUUAUUGACAUUAUCAUUGAGUCGGGUGCAAAGCUGUUCGUGUCAGCGGUGGGUGUUCCGCCUGUCGAGGUGGUCAAGAAGCUUCACGCUGCCAAGAUUAUUGUGGCCGGUAUCAUUGGUCACCCCAAACAUGCACCCAAAGUGCUCGAGGCAGGUGUGGACAUGAUCAUCUUCCAAGGUGGCGAGGGUGGUGGACACACGGGUGAUGUUCCCUUGUCGAUCAUUGCUCCUCGCGUAGUCGACAUUUGCCGCGGACACAAGUCGCCUCUUACGGGCAAGCCCAUCAUCACUGUGGCUGCAGGAGGUAUCUUCAACGGUCGCGGUCUCGCCGCUUCCAUCUGCUACGGUGCGGAUGGUGUGUGGGUCGGUACUCGCUUUGUUGCUUCGGUCGAAUCAGGCGCUCCCAAGGCACACAAGGAAGCCGUGCUCAAGUCGACGCACGAAACCGAUAUCCGAACCAUCAUCUUUACCGGUCGUCCGCUGCGUCUGUUCAAGACGCCUUACAUCAUGGAUUGGGAGUCUCGCCCGGACGAGAUCAAGAAGCUCACAGACAAAGGUAUUAUUCCCGUCUACCACGAUCUCGACAAUGACGACGAGCAAGGAACCAAAGAGGCUGGAGCUCGACAGAGGUUCUUGCUCGGCAAGUGCGCCUCCGUUAUUCAAGACAUUAAGCCUGCCAAGGAGAUCGUUGAUGAGAUGGUCAACGAGGCUGUGGCGACACUGAAGAACGGAAACCAGCUGCUUGUUGGUGGUGGUGCCCGUCUAUAA